AUGCCAUCCACACGAACCCCAAACCUUCUACCACCUCACGAUUUUGAAGGGUAUAUCCACGCUGAAAAAUAUAUCAUCAUCCCAGAGAGAGAGAGAGAGAGAGAGAGAGAGAGAGCGAGAGACAUAAAGAAAGAAGGAAUGGCCAUGAAGAAUUGCUUCCAAGUUAGUUCAGUGAGCACUACCAGAGCUGGUGUUUGCCAUCCUUUUGCUUCUGUUGAAAAGCUUCAAUUGCCAACAUGUAAAGGACUCAACACGUCCAAUUUAUCAUUAUCUUCACCUUCUGCAUCCUUUCCUCACUCAUUGAGAAGCAGAUGCCAAAAAUCCCGCAUUGUCUGCAAAGCUCGUGAAGCUGUAGAUGCAGUUCAAGUAGCGACAGAUGCAAGCUGGGAUGCUGUGAUUGGGAGUGACACCCCUAUUCUUGUGGAGUUUUGGGCACCAUGGUGCGGACCUUGUAAAAUGAUAGCACCAAUAAUCGAGGAAUUGGCAAAAGAAUAUGCAGGAAAAAUAGCUUGUUACAAAGUAAACACUGAUGACUGCCCUAAUAUUGCCACCAAGUAUGGAAUAAGAAGCAUACCAACUGUGCUGUUUUUCCGGAAAGGAGAGAAGAAAGAAAGUGUUAUUGGAGCAGUGCCCAAGACCACCUUGUCUAGUUCCAUAGAGAAAUAUAUAGAUGCUUGA